AUGGCCAGCCUCAACGAAGAGGCGCUGAGGACGCAGGCAGCCGGGCUGUCCUGGGUUUUGCGGUCUAUCUCGGUGACGCAGAAGAACGUGCUCUUCGACCUGGUGGCCCAGCUUCUGGACUUCGCACUCAGCGAGGCCGGGCGCCUCUCCGGCAACGCCUCGACCCCUCCUGCCCGGGUCUUGGAGCGGGCCUUGUCCUUCGCCCUGGCGCUGGAGCACGGGAAGGAGAUUGCUGUGCCGGUGGACUCCCGCACGCAGGCGCUCAAACUCGCCUCCUUGAUUGACACGCAGCUCCUCUGUCAGGUGGUGACGGGACCCUUCCGCCGUCGACUUCUCGCCUUGGCACGGCGUCGGGCAGAGGGUUAUUCGGGCGGCGGCAGGAGCACAACAUCUCUCAAG